AUUUGGGUGUCGCAAAUAUGAGUGCCGUCAACAUCACAAACGUCGCCGUUUUGGACAACCCCUCGGCUUUCCUCAACCCCUUCCAGUUCGAAAUCUCCUACGAGUGCUUGGCUUCUCUCAAAGACGACUUGGAAUGGAAGCUCAUAUAUGUUGGAUCUGCUGAAGAUGAGACCUAUGACCAACUUUUGGAGAGUGUGCUUGUUGGUCCUGUCAAUGUUGGCAACUACCGUUUUGUAUUUCAGGCUGACCCUCCAGACCCGUCAAAAAUACGUGAUGAAGAUAUCAUUGGUGUCACAGUGCUGCUGUUGACAUGUUCUUAUAUGGGGCAGGAGUUUGUUAGGGUGGGAUACUAUGUGAACAAUGAUUAUGAUGAUGAACAACUGAGAGAGGAACCUCCCCCUAAGUUGUUGAUUGAUAGGGUCCAGAGAAACAUUUUAGCUGACAAGCCGCGAGUCACAAAAUUCCCAAUUAAUUUUCAUCCGGAGAACAAUGAACACGAGGAGCCAGCUCCCCCUUCACUUGAUGAUUCAACAGAACCAAAGCAGCCUCUGUCUUCGCCUGAUUUUCCAACUGAAUCAAACAUCAAUGCAGAAGAACAAACCCUUCCACCUGUAUCAUCUCUUGGAAGUGUGGAAAAUUAGGGGGUUUCAUAUCAAAUCUUCAAAGUUCUACCUGGCAGGUUGAUUGUUUUUGGUGACAUAGCUAUAUUAAAUUUCAAACUUCCCAUUUUGGAAAACAUUUUAACAUUGAUCUAGAGUGUUUGAUCGGAAUGUUUUGUGCCAUCAUUUUCUUGUUGGGUGAUGUGCCAUGGGAUUGCUUCAGAGUGGAAGCGUUUAGAGUAUAUUCUUCAGACCCUUAGUGCACUUCUAUCUGCUAGAAAUGAUGUAAUCAAGUAUGUGUAGCCUAGACUGAACACUUAUGAAUGAAAUAGAAUGGAAUGCACUUGGUAGCUGUGUCCUUGAAGUAUAAGUCGAAUGUUCUAGUUAUUA